ACCCUCUGCAUACAGGAGGCCUCUCUCUCUCACAGGCGAUCAGCUGUUUUGCAUUGAUUUUGAUUGACCGCGCGAUUUCGUUUUUCCGUUGAACAGCUGUACCACUGUGAACAAAUACGGCAUCCACUAAACACCGAAACAACUGCUUGAGCGAACUUGACAUCAUUUUGCUGAUCAUUCAUUUACAUUCUUUGUGAAUUCUGAAGAGCUGUUGGUUUUUGUUUUUUUUUAAACCAUGAAACUUGGAGUUUUCUUUAUCUUAGUUUGGAUAUGGAGUUUAUUUUCUUUGCUGAAGGCAAAUGGUAUCCGCCGCGAAGAAACAAACGAACAGCGACUGGUCAAAGAUCUUCUGAACGGAUACGACAAGAGAGUUCGUCCCGUCAUGCCAAGCAACACGUCACUUCCGCUCAACGUGACAUUCGGUCUGGCUCUUUCGCAGAUUAUUGAUGUCGAUGAGAAAAAUCAGAUCCUGACAACAAACUGCUGGUUGAAUCAGAUGUGGACUGAUUAUGGUUUGAGAUGGGAUCCGAAGGAAUAUGGAGAUAUCAAAGUAGUUAGGCUCCCUUAUGACCAGAUCUGGAGACCUGACAUAUUUCUAUAUAAUAAUGCUGACGUGUCAACCUACUUUUCGUCCAUAAGUUCCAACGUCAUCGUGACGUCACAAGGCAACGUCACCUGGCUGUCCAUGGUGAUUUUUAAGAGUUCUUGCUCCAUUAACGUACGCUAUUUCCCGUUUGACGAGCAGAACUGUUCGAUGACAUUCGCCUCUUGGACGUAUGACGGCUUCCACAUUAAUCUGAUUCUCAACACCCUCGAAGGAGACAUUUCAAACUACAUUCCUAACAGUGAAUGGCACUUACACAAACUCUACGUAGACCGGAAGGUGGUUUAUUACUCCUGCUGCGCAGAACCGUAUCCGGAUAUUACGUUUUACAUCCACAUUUUACGGCGACCUUUGUUCUACGUCUUUAACAUGGUAAUGCCGUGUAUUAUGAUCACGUUGGUGGCCCUCCUGGGAUUCUACAUACCAUCGGAUUCUGGAGAGAAGGUGACGAUGGGUAUCACCACCCUCCUCUCCAUGACGGUGUUUAUGAUGCUGGUGGCCGAGAACAUGCCCCCCACCUCCGAUGUCCUUCCUCUCAUAGGUAUAUACUACGGCCUGACCAUCAUCAUCGUGUCCCUAGCCACAGGUAUGACCGUCUUCACUCUCAACAUCCACCACAAGGGCCAAAGGGGCCACCCCGUCUCGCCCAUCAUCCGGAAAAUUUUCUUUGGCGUGUUCGCUAGAGUCAUGUGCGUCAAAAUGGACGGAGAUUACAAUAGAAACUCUUCUAAAGUAAUGUACACCCCAGACUUUGCCAGCAACGUCACCAAUAACUACACCUCGGUAUCGAAAGGAUCCGAAGUAGAAAGGACAAAGCUAUUGGAGGACGGCGUUAGGUCUUGUUGCUGCAACCUUGACAGACAAGCCAUGAACCACGCGUAUGAAAUGAAGCCGGAAAACAAUGUCCGCAAAAACCAUCUUCCGGAACAACAUCAGAACAACCAGCCAAUUUUCGCCGCCCCAAACAACGAGACAACCAGCACACUGGAACACAACUUCACCAAGGUUCUCUCCAAGGUCUGCCACACGAUCGAAAACAACGAGUCUCGCCAACGAGAACAGGACGUGCGAGAAUCCGUGAGAUUUGAGUGGCAGCAGUUGGCGCUUGUCGUAGACCGGAUGUUGUUGACAGUUUUUGUGCUCAUAACCUUGAUCAUGACCUCCGCCAUCUUAAUGCAAGGGCCACUUUCGCAAAGCGAUAACCCCUGAAGCCAUCAGACUGCGGUAGAUUUGAAGGGGUUUGUGUGUCCUGCUGGUGUUGGAACACUUUCAGAAGAUUUGGUUUUCUCCUGAUGGCUGCCGUCGUAAGAUGUCCUCAUUAAACACAGCUACAUUGAGGAGCUGAAUGGAUUGUUAUAGAGUUGUGUGUACAUACCCAGAACAUAGCAACAUUGUUCAGCUGACUUGAAAUGCAUACAACAAAGACUGGAGGUUACUGUAUGUGGAAGAAAGAUGUACACAUUUUGGAAGAGUGAGACAUUUGAUAUACACAUUCGUAUCACAUGCUUCUUGGAGAUUUGAAAAGGAUAAAAUAUUCUUGUACAUUCGUGCAAAAAUUGAAUUUUGGAGAGGGAAAAAUUAAAUUUAGGUAUUCAUCUUGGAGAUUGAAAUAUAUAAAUAUAUAAGAGAAACUUGUUCAUUUUGAAGACGUGACAUACUUUACACUUGUCUUGGAGAUUGGAAACGUAUGAAAUUAACUUGUAUAUUUGUGAAAAAAAACAGAAUUUAUUUAUGUGUGUGAAUUGUUAAUGCAUAUGUAGAUCAAAACAGAAAAUAGAUAGAUAACAUGUACCUUUUAAAUCACUGUAAGAUCUUACUGUUUUUUAUGGAUAUCAUUACUUUAUUUUCAUUACUUAUUAAAUUUUAUUAAUUUAAUUAAUUUUAUUUAUAUUUGUCAAGAUAACAAUAUAAAGAUAAACCUAUGAUUGAGAAAAGAAAAU